GAGAGUUUCCCGGCCUUCCAAUAGAAAAUCUAACUUGCCCGGCAAUCUAAAACCCUAAGAAGGGGUUUAACGGUCUUCUACAUCUCUAAUGGCGGUUCAGAGUUCCAGUUCAAUCGAAGCUCAAGCUUUAUCCACCAGCAUUACUCGCAAUUAUUUCUUCAUAUGGAGAGAGUUUAUUUGGGGAGCCAUUGCUGGGGCUUUUGGGGAAGGGAUGAUGCAUCCCAUUGACACCAUUAAGACUCGUAUUCAAAGUCAGGCUAUUCUUAGUGGAACUCAGAACCAAAAGGGCAUACCUCAAAUGAUCAGAACAAUCUGGGUUGCAGAUGGAUCUAGGGGUUUUUAUAGAGGUAUAACUCCUGGAAUCACUGGGUCUCUUGCAACGGGAGCAACAUAUUUUGGCGUGAUAGAGUCUACCAAAAAGUGGAUUGAAGAAUCACAUCCAAGCCUUGGUGGUCACCGGGCCCAUUUCAUUGCUGGAGCUGUUGGAGAUACACUGGGUUCUUUUGUGUAUGUUCCGUGUGAAGUGAUGAAGCAACGCAUGCAGAUUCAGGGUACAAGGGCAUCAUGGAGCUCUGUUAUGAUGAAGGACACUUUUGCUAGGAAGCCCAGUCUCCAAAUGUAUGGUUACUAUACAGGAAUAUUCCAUGCUGGCAGCUCGAUAUGGAAAGAACAGGGACUAAAGGGAUUAUAUGCAGGAUUCUGGUCUACUCUUGCAAGAGAUGUUCCAUUUGCUGGCCUUAUGGUUAUGUUUUAUGAAUCCUUGAAAGACAUGACUGAGUAUGGGAAGCAAAGAUGGAAUAUCAAUUCAAACUGCCAUGUUAAUAGUUCUAUGGAGGGGCUUGUAUUAGGAGGAUUUGCUGGUGGUUUUAGUGCAUAUCUCACUACUCCCCUAGAUGUCAUCAAGACAAGAUUACAAGUACAGGGAUCAACUUUAAGGUAUAAGGGUUGGUCAGACGCGAUUUGUCGAGUUUGGAAGGCAGAAGGUCUGAAGGGUAUGUUCAGAGGAAGUAUCCCCAGAAUUACAUGGUAUGUUCCAGCUUCUGCUCUCACAUUCAUGACUGUAGAGUUUCUCAGAGGCCACUUUAACGAAGGAGAGAAUGUAAAAGAGGUAGCCUCAUCAGUAGACAAAACAGUAUCUUCUUUGCCCGGGGUGGCUUAGAGAAGAGACUAUAUUAGAAUUAGGUCAACGACCCACAAAUUUUGAUUCGAAAUGGGGAAUUGUAUUAUACAUUCAUACGAGGCUCAUUAUAUUUGCACCCAAACUUUGAUUAAAAAUUAAUAUAUAAUAUAUAUUUUUCUCAA